CCUGUCCUAAGGGGAAAUUGUGGAACGUGGACAUGCAAGCCUGUGUCUCCACGUGCAAAGAUCUGAAGGACUGCAAAAAUACCACUGGCCACUGCGUCAAUGGAAUGUGCUCGUGCAAGCCUGGCCUAGUCAUGCUCCCCAAUGAGACGUGUGCCU